CCGACGACGCACACGUGUUUUUGGAGUCGGUGCGCUGGUGUUGUGUGCCAGCCUGUUUGGCUUAAGCUACGUGGUUGUCAUUGACUGUAAUUGCUGCGUUUUACUGAGACAUGGGGAAGAAGUCAAAAGGUCCUAGGAAGAAGCAUGACGCGAAACCGCGCAAGAAGAAGCAGGCCGAGGAGGCCGCACACUCGUUUCUCGAGGACGAGUCAGAAGAGGAGGACUUCGACACCAUGAAGUUGGACGCGGCGGCGGCUGCAAACAAGAAGAAAUCGGGCGGCUUCCAAGCCAUGGGCCUCAGCCACGCUAUUCUGAAGGGCAUCUUGAAGCGUGGAUAUAAGCAACCAACUCCCAUCCAACGUAAGGCCAUUCCUGUGGUGUUGGAAGGCCGGGACGUGGUGGCCAUGGCGCGCACAGGCAGUGGCAAGACGGCCGCUUUCCUGGUGCCCAUUCUGGAGCGACUGGGAGGCCGUUCACCUCACACGGGACCACGUGCCCUCAUACUGUCGCCUACGCGCGAACUCGCUCUGCAGACCCACAAGUUUGCCAAAGAGCUCGGCAAAUUCACCGACCUCCGGUCAACUGUGAUCCUGGGUGGUGACAGCAUGGAAGACCAGUUUGAGGCCAUCCAUGAGAAUCCCGAUCUGCUCAUCGCCACACCGGGCCGCUUCUUGCACGUCGUCAUGGAGAUGAACCUUCGACUAAACUCUGUCAAAUAUGUCGUCUUCGACGAGGCCGACAGGCUGUUUGAGAUGGGUUUCCAGGAACAACUUACCGAGGUCCUCCACCGAUUGCCUGAGGGCCGUCAGACGCUUCUGUUCUCGGCCACUCUGCCUCGACUGCUGGUAGACUUUGCCCGGGCAGGCCUGUCUGAACCUGUGCUCAUCCGCCUCGACGUGGAAGACAAGCUCAGUGAACAGCUAAAGACAGUGUACGUCAUGUGCCGCAACAAUGACAAGACGGCCAUCCUGCUGUACUUGCUGAAGCACGUCAUCAAACCCGACGAGCUCACCUUCAUCUUUGUUGCCACUCGUCACCAUGCUGAAUAUCUCCGCGAC